AUGGAGAGUGCCGGGGACGUCCCGAGGUCUCUGCUCCCCGAUGUUCACCAGGGCCUCCCCUUCCCGGGCUCCCCAACGCGGGCCGCCCUGGUCUCCGGCUCCUACCUCUAUUACCACUACGGCUGCGACGGGGUGGACGACCGGGGGUGGGGCUGCGGCUACCGGACCCUCCAGACCCUCUGCUCCUGGCUGGCGGGGGCCGGAGCAGGGCCGGGGGGCUGCCACGGGCCGGUCCCCUCCCUGCCGGCCAUCCAGCAGGCCCUGGUGGAGAUGGGAGACAAGCCGACGGCCUUCGCUGGCUCCCGGGACUGGAUCGGCACGGUGGAAGCCGCCUUGUGCGUGGAUCACUUUUUCGGGGUGCCGUGCAAAAUCUUGCACAGCCCCUGGGGGAGGGGGCUGGGUAGGCAGGUGGGGGCCUUGUACGCCCAUUUCCAGGGGGGUGGGGGGCCGGUGAUGCUGGGGGGUGAUGCCGACAGCUCCUCCAAGGGGCUGCUGGGGGUCUGCUCCGUGCCCGCCGGCCACCAUCUCCUUGUCCUGGAUCCCCACUAUUACUGGGGGGCUGGGGGCCUUGGGCGGGAGGGGAUGCAGGCGGCGGGGUGGGUGCGCUGGCAGGGCCUGGCCUCCUUCGACCCCGCCUCCUUCUACAAUCUCUGCCUGCCGCAGUUCUGGCGGGCCGCGGGCGAGGGGGACGGCGCUGGUGAAAACUGA